GUGGGGCGGCUACUGGUGAUGUCACUGCCAGAAGACAGCGGUGGUUGGAUCUAAUUAAAAUUUGCGACAGCAAAUAGAUAGGCUUCCUGCAGGAUUGGAUUCAAAGUCGCUGGUGCCGAAAUUAUCGCAGAGCGAGGUUGAUUCUAGACGCUCUAUACACUCCGCGCGACGGAGGUGGGUAUCAGUGUGAGCCUUCAUGCUAUGCUGAAUACAGUCUCUCUGACGAGGCAGGCUCGCAGGAGUUUCAGAGGUAAUUGGGCAGACAGAGCUUUAGCUGCGAUACACACUCCCCGGUAAGAGUUCGGGAGGGAAUAAAGAGAGUCAGAAAUAUCCACAACGUCACCGAGGACUGUUUUAUAUCACCAACUGAGAACAAACAACCGCGCAGCAAAUCCAAGUUUCUUCACCGUCAGACGAGCGAUUGUGAUGGCAUCAGUACUUGGAAACAACACCCGUGCUUCGGGAACUCCGAGCAGUCAAGUCAAAUGCAAGUUUAAAAGGAGAAGGAGGAGAAGAUCGAAGAGAAAAGACAAAGUCAGCAUGCUCUCAGCAUUGAUCGCCCCCUUCAAGUACAUGAGCCAAGGGACCCGCUCCAGCACAGAGGACGAGGACAGUCUAAGCACUAGCAGUGUGGAGGUCAAAGAAAACCGUAACAUCGGCAACCUGGAGGACAGGGGUAUCGUCCCCGGCGACUGUCAGUCACUUUUCAGAGCAGACGUGUCGAGAGGCGGGACUUCCAGUUUGAAGAGGAAGCGUCCGUUGGAAGAGGACAACAACGUGCACCUAUGUCAGCUACGCCUCGUCUACAAAACCCUGUCGUGGUCGGACACGCCGAAGAACGCCCUGGUGCAGCUCAACGAGCUGAGGCCUGGCCUCCAGUACCGUGUGGCAUCCCAGACAGGCCCCGUCCACGCCCCCGUCUUCUCCAUCGCCGUGGAGGUGAACGGACUGACCUUCGAGGGCACGGGCCCCACCAAGAAGAAGGCCAAGAUGAGGGCGGCAGAGCUGGCUCUCAAAUCCUUCAUCCAGUUCCCCAACGCUCCAACGGCCCAUCUGGCCAUGGGCAACCUGGCCAGCCCCUCGGCCGACUUCACCUCCGACCAGGCCGACUUUCCCGACACGCUCUUCAAGGGCUUCGAGCCGUCGCCUUGCUCCGUGGACGGCUUCUCCCGCUGUAGGUCGCCUUCGGACGGCGAGCUGCUCCUCUCCAGCGCGCUGCGCCGCGGCCGGCUCCUCCAGCACACGCUGGACCUCAUGGUCCAGGCCAAGCAGAGGCUGGGGGUCGCCCUCCCUCUGGCCCCCGAGGCCGAGGCCCCCGUGGCGCCCGAGGCCCCCGUGGCCCUGCUCAACGAGCUGCGGCCCAGCCUGCGCUACGUCUGUCUCUCGGAGAGGGUGGAGGGCCGGAGGCUGCGCAGCUUCGUCAUGGCGGUGCGCGUAGACGGGAGGAUAUUCGAGGGCUCCGGUCGAAGCAAGAAGCUGGCCAAGAACCAGGCUGCCCAGCAUGCACUGCAAGCCCUCUUCAACAUCCGCCUCACCCCUGAAGGGAGAACAGGCCUCAAGCCCAGCAGGAAUAGAUGCCCUCAUUUACCCCAGGACUUUGCCGAUUCAAUAUUCCACUUGGUGCGGGAGAAAUACCUGGAGCUGGCCCAUAGCUGCAGCCCUGUGCAGGCACGUCACAAAGCCCUGGCAGGCAUCGUAAUGACCAGAGGUCUGGACCUGGGGCAGGCCCAGGUGGUAGCUCUCUCCACUGGUACCAAAUGCAUCAAUGGCGAGUACAUCAGCGCCCAGGGUCUGGUGGUCAACGACUGUCACGCUGAGAUCAGUACCAGGAGGGCCCUCAUCAGAUACCUGUACUCCCAGCUGGAGCUGUACCUCAGUAACAGGCAAGAGGACUGGGAACAGUCGAUAUUCGUGCGGCAGAAAGACACUGGUUACAGGUUGAGGGACAACGUUCAUUUCCAUAUGUACAUCAGCACCUCGCCGUGUGGAGACGGCCGUCUGAACUGCCCCUACGAGAUCACCUCCGACUUGAGCAGCAGCAGGCACCUCAUGAGGAAGUGUCACAGUCACCUUCGGACCAAGAUUGAGUCGGGGGAGGGGACCCUGCCAGUGCGGUGUCCCCGCGGGGCGCUCCAGACCUGGGACGGCAUGCUGCAGGGAGAACAGCUCAUCACCAUGUCCUGCACAGACAAGAUAGCCAGCCUUGUCUCUGGGGUUCACACCAUCAGACUGGGACUGCACUGGGUUCUCAGGGCAGGUUUGAGCAGUGGUGAGUGUCGUCAGCCAGGAAAGGCCCCCAGCAUCAGUAUGAACUGGACGUGGGGCGACGCCCAGCUGGAGGUGGUUGACACGGCAACAGGGAGGAGGCGGGAAGUGGGGGCGCCGUCAAGGCUGUGCAAGCACGCUCUGUUCACACGCUGGACCAGGCUGUACCGCAAGUUGAGCGUCCGCACGUCGGGGCCGGUGGACAAGCCGCUGAUGUACUGUGAAGCCAAGAUGGCAGCGCGCUGCUACCAGACAGUCAAGCAGCAGUGGUUCAGAUCUCUGCAGGAAACUGGCCUGGGGACCUGGGUCAAGAAACCGCCCGAGCAAGAGCAUUUCCUGCUUACGGACUGAGUGAAAUGAGGGGGGGGGGGGGGGUGAGGGAGUGUGUGUGUAUGUGUGUCUGACAGUUGCGUUGGGGCUUUAGAACUUUCUAGAUCUCAAUCCCCAAUAUGUAGUUGUUCCUUUAUUGAGUCCCACCAAAAAAUACUCUUAAGUUUUUUUGAACUUCAAUACAUCCUUCCAUCAGUUACCUUGUUCUCUACCUUUUUAAAUCCUUCCCUUACCCUUGGAUGUCAGAGAGUAGAGGAGAGGGAAGGGGAGAGAGAGGAGACUAGAGAGGAGAGGGGAUAGAAGAGGAGAGGGAAGGGGAGAGAGAGGAGAGUAGAAAGGAGAGGGGAUAGAAGAGGAGAGGGAAGGGGCGAGGAGAGUAACCUUGGUCAGAGUGAAAGGCAGGCAGCAGCGGCACCAGCUAUCUUGUCAUCAGCCAUUUGGGGGCGACGAGGCCCCUGCAGAGUUGCAGCGCGACGGGGAGAAGGCCGUCCAAUUACAGCGCCUGUCAGAGUGACGUGGGACAGAGGGAGAGAGAGAAGAAAUGAGGAAGUAAGAGGGAGAGAGAGCAUAUAUCUCUUUUCCACCCCCUCAACCAA